AUGGGGAUGAUGGAGGAAGAAGACAGUGAAGAAGAGGAGAUUUGGUUAGAUAACUGUUUUGACUCAUUGGAUCAAGAACGCAUAUCUCAAGAUACAAAAGCUUUUUAUAUUCAAGAUGAUAAUGAAGAAGAAGAUAGUCUAUUAUAUUAUGAUACACCUAUUCAACAAUAAAAAAAAAUCUGAGUUUUAAAAAA